GCGGCUGACCGGAGACAAAGAGCUACUUGCCUAUUGGCUGCCGCCGUGUGCGCCCUGUUGUCCCCCAGCAGGAACAGCUCGGCCCCUAUUCACAUGUAAAUAAAGCCCUAUAAAUACUAGUAACAACAAGUCAGCCGGCGACAGCAGCACGUCUCACUUGGAUUGCACAUUUAAACACAAGCCAGGCGGCAGAGAGGGAGAGGAGAGGAAAGCUCGACCAAGCAACAUGGCUCCUUCUGCUCGGCAUAGCAAGACCGACUUUGGCGUGCAAGAGGAGGAGUGCUACUAUGGCAUCCGGAAGGUGGACAGAAAGACUAGGAAGCCUCUGGUGGAGAAGCAGAGGCGAGCUCGCAUCAACGAGAGUCUGCAGGAGCUGAGGAGCUUGCUGGCUGAUUCGGACUUGCACUCCAAGAUGGAGAACGCGGAGGUGCUGGAGAUGACGGUGAAAAAGGUGGAGGAUGUCUUGAAGAACAGAACGCAAGAAACAGACACGCUGAGCCACGAAGCAAGCGAGCGGUUUGCAGCCGGCUACAUCCAGUGCAUGCACGAAGUCCACAUGUUUGUGUCCACCUGCCCCGGCAUCGACGCAACCGUGGCCGCCGAGCUGCUCAACCAUUUACUGGAGUGCAUGCCCCUCAACGAAGACCACCUCCAGGACAUGCUGAUGGAUCUAAUCGCGGACACGUCCGGGAACGCGGGCGGCACGUGGCGCGGAGGCGGAGACCCGCUUUGUUCAACGCUGGCCUCUCCCGGGGGAAGGAGCAUGUCCUCCGGCACGUCAAGCGAGGACUCGUGCUCCGAUCUGGACGACACCGACAGCGAGCACAACCAGAGCACUGCGGAGGCUUUGGAAAACAGGGAAGCUUUGAGCACGCCCACCACAACCUACUCCAGGUCCAUGUGGAGACCUUGGUAGGAGACUGCCGGUUUCCACGAGCUGCAUGGAUCUGUGGGCGCCUUUGAACGGAAUGAGGAAAAAUUCCACCCCAAAACAAACACUUAAUAAUUACAAACGAACAGACUUUUCUUCCGUCACCUCAUCCGUGGAUUUAUAUCUGGUCUCCAUAACUCACCUUCACAAGAUAAAGACAAAAUGACCCUGUGGAUCCAUGGGAUGGUUCAUUUUUUUUUUUCUACUCAGUCUCAUUUCAAUUCUGGAAAUACUAAAGUCCACUCAAUGCACAUGCCAACAAAAAGUGUUUUGCAGCCAGCCGUUGGAUUUUGCAGCUUCAUUGUUCCGUUUGAAGAGUGGAUUUUCCUUUAGGCACGUCAAUGAAGUAGUGGUUAGCACAUAUGCUUCCUAAUUCUCAAGUCUCGGAUUCCAACCUUGACUUUGGGCUACCUGUGUGGCAUUUGCAUG